AUGACCGUCCGCGAUGCGCUCAACUCGGCUAUGGAGGAGGAGAUGCUGCGGGACGAUAAGGUCUUCCUCCUGGGAGAGGAGGUUGCGCGAUACAACGGCGCAUACAAGGUCACGCGCGGCCUGCUAGACAAGUUUGGCGAGCGCCGUGUGAUUGACACGCCCAUCACUGAGGCUGGUUUCACAGGUCUGGCCGUCGGCGCGGCGCUGUCGGGUCUGCGCCCGAUCUGCGAGUUCAUGACGUUUAACUUUGCGAUGCAGGCCAUCGAUCAGAUCAUCAACUCGGGCGCUAAGACGUACUACAUGUCCGGCGGCAACGUGCCCUGCCCGAUUGUCUUCCGCGGCCCCAACGGCGCUGCGGCCGGCGUCGGCGCGCAGCACUCGCAGGACUACGCCAGCUGGUAUGGCCAGAUCCCUGGUCUCAAGGUCGUCAGCCCUUGGUCCGCCGAGGACGCGCGCGGCCUGCUCAAGGCCGCCAUUCGCGACCCCAACCCAGUCGUCGUGCUUGAGAAUGAGAUCAUGUACGGCCAGACCUUCCCCGUCAACGCCGAAAUCCUCUCCGAUGAAUUUGUUAUCCCUAUCGGCGAGGCAAAGGUCGAGCGGCAGGGCAAAGACAUCACGCUCGUCGCGCACAGCAUCGGCGUUGGCUACUCGCUCAGCGCCGCCGAGAUGCUCAAGAAGGAGGAGGGCAUCGAAGCGGAGGUCAUCAACUUGCGCAGCAUCCGCCCGCUCGACAUCGCCACCAUCAUCAAGAGCGUCAAGAAGACUAACCGGCUCGUCACCGUCGAGACCGGCUUCCCCAUGUUUGGCGUCGGUUCCGAGAUUUGCGCGCAGAUCAUGGAAAGCGAGGCAUUCGACUACUUGGACGCACCCGUCGAACGAGUAACCGGCGCAGAUGUCCCGACGCCUUACGCGCAAAACCUCGAAGCGCUCAGCUUCCCUACCCCAGAGCUGGUCGCCAAGGUGGCCAAGCGCGCGCUGUACCGUUCGUAA